AUGUCUUCCCCAGUUACUGCGGCCCGCUACGGCAAGGACAAUGUCCGAGUAUACAAGGUCCACCGCGACGAGAAGACCGGCGUCCAGACAGUCGUGGAGAUGACCGUCUGCGUCCUUUUGGAGGGUGACAUCGACACCUCCUACACCAAGGCCGACAACAGCGUCAUUGUCGCAACCGACUCCAUCAAGAACACCAUCUACAUCACCGCCAAGCAAAAUCCCGUCACUCCCCCCGAGCUCUUCGGCUCCAUUCUUGGAAGCCACUUCAUCACCAAGUACAACCACAUCCACGCCGCCCAUGUCAACAUCAUCACCCACCGCUGGACCCGUAUGACCAUCGACGGCAAGCCGCACCCGCACUCCUUCCUCCGGGAUGGCGAGGAAACCCGCAACGUGCAGGUCGAUGUCGUCGAGGGCAAGGGUGUUGACAUCACGUCGUCUCUGGCCAAGUUGACUGUGCUGAAGAGCACCAACUCGCAGUUCUGGGGCUUCCUGCGCGACGAGUACACCACCCUCCCUGAGACAUGGGAUCGUAUUCUCAGCACCGAUGUCGACGCCAGCUGGCAGUGGCGCCGGUUCAGCGGGCUGGACGAGGUGCGCGCUACUGUGCCUCAUUUCGAUGCGACCUGGGCGGCGGCCAGGGACAUCACCCUUAAGACCUUUGCCGAGGACAACUCGGCUAGUGUGCAGAACACUAUGUACAAGAUGGCGGAGCAGAUCCUGGCUCGUCAGUCCUUGCUCGAGACGGUCGAGUACUCUCUGCCUAACAAGCACUACUUUGAAGUUGACCUGAGCUGGCACAAGGGCCUGAAGAACACCGGCAAGGAUGCCGAGGUGUAUGCGCCGCAGACCAACCCGAACGGGCUGAUCAAGUGCACGGUUGGUCGCAACACGAAGGCGAAGCUGUAG